AUGAGCGGCUUCGAACGUCCGCCGGGACCUUCCCAUAGGGCGCCCACGGAUUCGUCGCCGCUUUUGCCACAGCCGAUGGGGCCUCGUCAGCGCUCGGCGAGGGGCGCGCCAGCGCCGCUGCAACCAACUACUAGCCCGCUGCAGCAUGAUCACGUGGGCCCGUCGGCGCUGUUGGCCGCUCUGCAGGAGCAUAUUGCGAUCCUGCACCAACAUCUGGACGACGCGGAGGAAGGCCUCGACAGCUGUGAGCCCGAAGAGUACGAGGACCUGGAGAAAGCUCUCUUCCAAGUGAGCAGCAUGAUCUCGCAAAUGGAGUACACUGAAGACCUGCUCGAAGAGAAAAAGCUCAACCUGACCAACGAGCUCCGUACGCUGGAAGAAGAGAACAUGUACCUAAAUGAUGCGCUAAUGCGAGAGCGUGCAAAGCGACUCGAUGAAAUCGAUCCCACGUUCAGCGGGCAGUCGAGCGCGGCCCCUUGCUCACCCAACCAGCUAUUCCCUGGACGUGCUUCAGCCGACGAAGAUGGCGGCGACGCGUUCGGCGACAUUACUAGCCCUACUUCCGCGUCCAACCUUCCGCCCUCCUCUGAACCCUCCGCUUGUGUGGAAAAGAGCAAUGAAAUAUUGGCAGACCGUCCAGGCAUCAUGGAUCCCGAAAGUCAACCCACCAGUGCCAAGAGAGGUCGGCUGUCCCAGGCAGCUACGCCUAACUCGAUCCCUCCUGAGCACAUCAUAAACGAGAACGCGAGCACGAGUUCCGCAUCAACGGCUUCGAUCAUGGCCUCGGGACUCGAACCGACAUCGACGGCCGGCCAAAGCAUCAUGGAUCCCGAAAUGCGUCCUCCGAGUCCCAAGAGAGGUCGGCUCUCCACGGCAGCUACGCCAAGCUCGAUGCCUCCUGAGCGCAUCAUAACCGAGGCCAGCGCAAGCACGACAUUCACAUCGACGGCUCUGCUCAUGGCUUUAGAACCCGAAUUGACAUCGGCAGCCGACCAGGGCAUCAUAGAUCCCGAAAUGUCUCCUCCCAGCCCCAAGAGAGGUCGGCUCUCAACAGAAGCUACGCCAGGCUCGAUGCAUCCUGAGCGCAUCGCUACCAAGGACAGCCCAAGCACGAGUUCCGCCUCGAAGGCUAAGGUCGUAGCUUCAGGACUUCAACUGAUAUCGGCAGUCGGCCAGGACAUGAUGGACCCCCAAAUGCGUCCUGACGGUGCUAAGAGAGGUCGGCUUUCACCGGCCGCUACGCCAAGCUCGAUGCCUCCCGAGUGCAUCAUAACCGAAGAUAACGUAAGCACGAGCUCCGCAUCGACGGCUGCGGCUAUGGCUUCAGAAUUCGAAUCGCACCGCCCACGCGCGAACCCCGCGCCAAAAAUGCUGCCGAUUCAGCUAAUACAGGUGCCGGACGAAGUCGACAUCAAUGAUAUUGAGCAGAUCGCCGAAGCUCUCGGCAUAAGGAACAACGCUCAAGCCUGGAACGACUUGAUCAUCAUGGAGGACUUGCGGGAGUUCUUCGGAUGA